AUGGAAGUGCAAGGUGAUGGAAAGCAAAGCCUAUGCUUUGUUCUGGUUAUAUGUAAGGAGCCUCGGUUCCUAGAGCACAAGCGCCCCUACUGGGAGGAGAGAACCCUAGUUCAGGAUGGGAACUGGCUUGAGUCUUUCAACAGGCAAGGACAGGUGUUUCAGUCUAACAACGUUGAAUUUGAGGCAGAACUGAAAUCUGCUGGUGAGAAGCUUAUAGUAGUUGAUUUCUCUGCCACAUGGUGUGGACCAUGCAAAAUGAUCAAACCCUUUUUCCAUAGUUUGUGUGAGAAGUACGGUGAUGUGGUGUUCAUAGAAAUUGAUGUGGAUGAUGCCCAGGAUGUUGCUUCACACUGUGAUGUGAAGUGCAUGCCAACGUUCCAGUUCUACAAGAAUGGAAAGAAGGUGCAGGAGUUCUCCGGGGCCAAUAAAGAGAAGCUGGAAGAGACCAUUAAAAGUCUAGUCUAAUCUCCAGCCAUGAAGACAUUGAAGCAUGAGUGCUUUGGCUAAAUUACAGCCUGCAACUUUUCUACUUUAAAAAAAAACCUAAACAAGCUAGCUAGAUUAAAUGGUGCAAACUAUCUUCUUGGUCCAUGUAUAUGAGUACAAUAAAGUAUAAACUCUUCACUUUUGGA